UCUACUCUCAACAAGUUCACACAACCGGAAUCAAAGGCUGGUACGCCGGCUCGCCGUCUUUAUUUCAACUGUGGAGAGCGUUGGCAAACGCACCGACUGAUAAGUUCCAUGAGAGUCUAGGGGCCCAAGCUCUUGUACAUUUACUCCGAUGGAAGUCUCUUCUCCGUUGAAACCCUACCACUUCUUCUCCCGUCCGUUGAAUCCACUUCGUCUCUGUAGGCAAAAGGAAGCGAGGCUUCACUUCCCUAUUUCUAUUCAGCCGCGUGACCUGCAGUUAUGCAUUGGACUACAUUUGGGUUCAUUUCCAGUCAAACAGGCAAUUUCCAGAAAGACAAUUAAUUACAUGCCUGAUAGCACCAUAUUUAGUCCAAGGAACUGCACAAAAGCAACUUGGUGCUCUUUUAACCCAGAGGACAAGGUUGCUAGAUUCUAUCAUGAUUCCAAAUUACAUAACCGUGAUAGAUUUGCAAGACGCAUGGUUGUAAAAUCUGAGCUUGUUGGAACCGGGACUCCUGACGCUGCUUACUCAUUAUCAGAACCUCAUGUACUUUCAAAAAUUAGAGGAAUUUGCUUUUAUGGAAUUACAGCUGUGGUUGCCAUUAUUCUGUUCGUGCUGAUGCUGGUGGCACACCCAUUCGUACUCUUGUUUGACCAAUAUCAUAGAAAAGCUCAUCAUCUUGUUGCCAAAAUUUGGGCCCUUGCAACUGUCACUCCAUUUUUCAAUAUCAAGUUUGAGGGGCUGGAAAAUAUACCUGUAUCAGAUGCCCCUGCUGUAUAUGUGUCCAACCACCAGAGCUUUUUAGAUAUAUAUACUCUUCUCACUCUUGGAAGAACCUUCAAGUUCAUUAGCAAGACAUCAAUUUUUCUUUUCCCUGUUGUUGGCUGGGCUAUGUAUUUAAUGGGUCUUAUUCCUCUAAAGCGCAUGGACAGCAGAAGCCAACUGGAAUGUCUGAAAAGAUGUAUGGAUCUUGUUAAGAAGGGAGGAUCUGUGUUUUUCUUCCCAGAGGGCACUCGAAGUAAAGAUGGAAAGCUAGGUGCAUUCAAGGGAGCAUUCAGUAUUGCGGUCAAAACUGGAUUGCCAGUGGUCCCAAUCACUCUAAUUGGAACUGGUAAAAUCAUGCCCGCUGGAAGGGAGGGUAUAAUAAACAAUGGAUCUGUUAAAGUUGUUAUCCACAGACCAAUACAAGGAAAUAAUCCAGAAGAACUGUGCAACGAAGCUAGGAGCAUUAUAGCAGAGACGCUUACUCUUCAUGGAUAAGGGAUGUGCUCCAGCUGUAUAAAAUUUGUCCUUUCAAUAGAAUAUACAACAAUUGUGGACAAAGCAAAAAUAUAAGAUUGUGCAACAUUUCUAACAGUUAUAGAGGAUAUCAGAUUCUUUCUUUUUCCCUUUCUGUGGUGUCGAGGGAAAACUUAAACCUAAGAUCACGGAAUUUUGACACUGCUCCUAUUAGUUUGGAAUGACAAAUUUUAUCACCCACGUCAGAAAGAAAUAUAUAAGCGGCAUGGUCGUAGCUCAGGCUGAAAUUGCUAUCGAAAUCAAAGUGUGGCCACAAUUAUGCUUUAGAGUGCUCUGACCGCAUGGGCUUUGCUGAUACCCUAUUAUGCCAUCAAAGAUGUUUUAUAAUAAGAAGGCUAUUUGUAAAGAUAUUGAUCCCUUUGGCUGCAAUUAAUGUACUUCAUUACUCGCGCACUCCAAGCUUUUUUAGAAAGGGGAGAGGGGAGAAGAGUUGAUGUCUGGCCAGAAUCCAGUGUGAUGAUGGGAGAGGGAAAGAAGAGUUCUUAUGAUCUUACUGUUUGAAUGGUACGGGAUAGUGUAGCAUUUUUAUAUUGUGUAUAGAUCAUCCGAGUACCCAAAUUAACUUUUUUCUUCAGCCACGCCAGCAGGUUGAAAAUCUCAUUUCCACCCGGACACUUGUUAUUCUGAGUAGGAUUCUCAUUGGAUCUAGGCCGGAUUGUUCUAGAUUCCAUCCAAUUCGAAUUUGUCAAGGCAGUGAUUUGAUAUUUGUAGGGAUCAGUUUGAAAAUGGUGUAAAAAAUUUCCAUUUCAUUCCAUCUUGUUAUUUUCAUUCCAAUCCAUUAAUUCCAUUUUUGAUAGGAAAAAUAAAAAUUAAAAACAUUGUUUGA